GGUACUCAGCUGUUGGAGUUAGUAAGUUGACAGCAAGACAGAGCGGGGCCAGUAGCUUGGUCAAAGUUAACGGUUCUCUGGAGAGAAGUGCGCUUCCAACCUGGUUCUGUAUUUUUUUUAUAGCGUGAAACCCUCGGAUCUGCCAUGGCAAAUGGAUGUGUCCAAGUGUUCGGUUACUUACUAGCGUCUGCGGGACUUGUCUGCCUGAUUACGGCCACUUCUGUGAACGAAUGGAAAACCUACAGUUACUCAACCGAGGGGAUGUUUAAAUCGUUGAUGAUCAACGUCGGGCUCUGGAUGCAGUGCACAGUGCCCAGCACCGGCAAAUGGGAAUGCGCUACGUACGACUCAGUUCUUCACCUAUCGACGGAGGUCCAGUGGACCAGGGCCUUGAUGAUCCUCAGCAUCAUUCUGUCCGUAUGUGGGUUGGCUGUGGCCGUGUUGGGCAUGAAGUGCACACUGUGCGUAGAUGAUGACAACCAGAUGAAAAACAAGGUGGCGUUCGUUGGAGGAAUCCUUCUCAUGUUGUCAGGGGUCUGUGCCUUAGGAGUAGUGUCUUGGUAUGCCCACGAGGUGAUCACAGGCUUCCAUGAUGCUAGAGAAGGUCACCUCAGGUACUCCUUGGGCACGUGCCUGUUUGUGGGUUGGGGUGGAGCUCUCCUGUCCAUUUUGGGAGGGGCGCUCCUGGCCUGCUGUAGUUUGUCACGUUCCUCCUCGCGUAGAAGCUACAUAUCGUCUCCAUCCCAGAUGACCUCUGGCAAGGACUAUGUGUAGGAAUCCCAUGGAACAUCCCAUGGGACGAGCUUGGUGCCAUUCCCCUCUGGCUCUACAGGAACUCUGUGCAGGCAGACCACAAAUAUGGUACUGGUGGGGUUUUUUGUCACAUGUAUCAAAUACAACCACUAACAUUCUUCAUAAAUCAAUAUUAAAGCUUACAGACAACUCUAGAAUUAAAUUGCUGCAGCUGUCGGUUUAACUAUGUUGUCAAUAAUAUUUGUCUAUUAAUUUGCUUAUUUUAUUGAGUUUUUUUCUGUUUCUCAGAAUCAGUGUACUUAGAGUGGUAAUUUUGCAAUACUCAGUUCUGAGUUCAUAUGAGUCUUAUUAGCUUACAUGUGUACUUGUUAGGCAGAAUUCAAAUGAUCUGUCAAUGUCUUUGUUUGCUGAUUUUAGUUAAUGUACCACAGAGUCCUUGACAUUGACAGUGCAAGAUAUUUUUGUAUAUGGCGAGAAUGUGCACUCAUUUUCCUAAAUUGUGUGCAUGAGAGCACAAUUUAGUCAAAUGAGCACACAAUUUAGUCAAAUGUGCACAGGAUUUAGAAUUGAGAGCACUGUCUGGUAAAAUGAGAGCAUGAUUAAGUAAAAUGAGCACACAAUUUAGUCAAAGGAGUGACACGUUUUCUGGAUAUACAUCAAAACAUAUCUUUCAAAGACACGGGUUGACGUAUGUAUGUGCUGUUUCUUUUUACUUUUAGGAAAUUGGCAGAGAAUGAAAUAGAGAUGUAUAUUUUUGUUAUCUAGUGCAACGCAAUUAAUAAAAGUGUUAUAUAAUAAUAUGAGUCAUUGUAAUUUUAGUGAUUUACAGAGAAACACCAUUCGACCCAUGGACAUAAAUCAAAACACCCAGUUGUACGUACAGUAUGUGGUCAUGGUUAUAGUAUGCCUGUAAAUUAUGAUGAUGUACUUAAGCCUACUGUUUUUGCAUUAGUCUUUUUAUAAUUAGCCAGUUCUGGAAGAAGUGAGACAUGCAUGUUGUGUCCUUCGCUUUGUGUAUUUUUGCUAUGUAUGAUGUGUCAUAAAUCAUAAAUGUAAUGUACAUCAUCAUACUACAUUAAAAUAUUUAGAGAGCA